AUGGAGAGGGAAUUUGGUGGUAGGGUUGGAUCUUCAAGACCCAGAGCUCAAUCUCAAAUGCACAGGGUAGAAUCUCCAACCCAAGGCGAUGGGGAUACUAAACCUGUGGAAACAGUUGGUCCUUGUAUCGUAUUUUUCCCAUCUAACACAACUGAAGAAGAGUGGAAAAAUAUCAUGAAUUUUGCCGGAAAUGGAGUUGGGCGGUCUGGGAGUGCCGCAAUGGGAAAGAUGGGACCAAUUGUGGGAUCAGUGGACAUCGGGGAAAGUGAUGAUGCCUAUUUUUUUCGAGUCUCUCUUCCUGGAGUAGCAACGGAUGAAAAAGAAUUCAGUUGUGACAUCAAACCUGAUGGUAUGGUGCUCAUAAAAGGAGUCACCACAGCUGGUGAGAGUACACUUUGCAUGUUCUCUCAGAUAUUUGUGAUGCGAACUCAAAAUCUAUGUCCACCGGGUCACUUCUCUAUCUCCUUCCUGCUGCCUGGUCCUGUUUAUCCCCAACCGAUUUCUAGUAACUCUGGCAUCAAUGGGAUGCUCGAGAUGAUUAAGCCUCGGAAUAAUGUAGCUUCUUCAGGGAGAGAAGCAAAUGUGCUUUCGCAUAGCUUUUCAUUUCCUAGGCACGGAUUACAUGUGACUUACAUUUUGUUGAAAACAAGGGGCCAGCAUCUUUAUGGAGGAGUCAUGUUUACUGCAAGCUUUUCACUUUCUAGACAUGGAUUGCCCAUGAACAGUGGGUGCCUUUUGGCUUCUGAUGUACGGAGAGGGAAUAGCGUACCUGAGCCCAUAAAUCCUCAUCACCAGGUCCUCGAGGUGGCACCUAUCAAUAGUGUGCCAUAUAUUGGUCCCCCUGCUCCAUUUGGUGAUAGGGUCGGCUCUUCAAUCCCGGGAGUUCAAUCUCAAAUGCACAGGGUAGAAUCUCCAACCCAAGGGGAUGCAGACACAAAGCCUGCCGAAAAAGCUGGGCCUUCUAUGGUAUUUUUCCCAUCUCACGCUACUCAAAAGGAGUUGGAUGAUAUCAUGGAUUCUGCCAGAAAUGGAAUUGGGCUGGCUGGGAGUGCUGCAGUAGGAAAGGUGGGACCAGUUGUGGGUGCAAUGGACAUCGGCGAAAGCAAUGAUGCCUACUUGUUUCGAGUCUCUCUACCUGGAGUAGCAAGGGUUGAAAAAGAUUUCAGUUGUGAUAUCGAUCCUGAUGGUAAGGUGUUCAUAAAAGGAGUGACCACGACUGGUGAGAGUACUGUUUGCAAGUACUCUCAGAUCUUUAGAAUGCAAACUCGAAAUCUCUGUCCACCUGGUCACUUCUCCAUCACCUUCCAGCUACCUGGUCCUGUUGAUCACCAACAGUUCAAAGGUAAUUUUGGCAUCGAUGGGAUGCUUGAGGGGAUUGUAAAGAAAAGAUGA